AUGGCCAUGAGAGACCUCUGCAUUUUCACCACAUUUGUCUCCUUUCUUAUAUCAUUAUCCUCUGUUUCUGUUGCAAACGACCAGAGCUACCUUGCUAGAGGCUCCUCCAUCUCCACUCAGGAAGUAACCACCGUCAUCCUAGUGUCGCCUAAUGGUGCCUUCACCUGUGGCUUCUACAAGGUGGCCACCAACGCCUUCACCUUUUCUAUCUGGUUCUCCUGGGCAUCUGGCAAGACUGUCUCCUGGACGGCUAACCGUGAUGCUCCAGUCAAUGGCAGGGGCUCCAAGCUCAUCUUCCGGAAGAAUGGAGGCUUGAUCCUUGUGGACUAUAAUGGCAUGGUCAUAUGGAGCACCAACACAACCGCAUCUCGCAGUGAUCGUGCAAUGCUUCUCAAUAGCGGCAACCUUGUUGUCAUGGAUACAGAUGGGCAUCACCUCUGGAGAAGCUUCGACUCACCAACUGAUACACUUCUACCAUUGCAGCCGAUGACUCGAAAUACUAAGUUGGUAUCUGCUUCUGCUAGAGGUUUGCUCUAUUCAGGCUUCUAUGCCUUCUACUUCGCCAGUAACAACAUCCUAACUCUUAUUUACAAUGGUCCUGAGACUAGUAGCAUAUAUUGGCCAGAUCCAUUCUACCUGCCAUGGGAUAAUGGUAGGACUACCUAUAAUAGUACCCGGUAUGGGGUCCUUGACCAGACAGGACGGUUUGUGGCAAGUGACCAGCUUGAAUUUGAAGCUUCUGAUCUCGGCAAUGAGAUGAUGAGGAGAUUGACUCUUGACUAUGAUGGUAACCUUAGGUUGUAUAGCCUAAACAUAACCACUGGCAGUUGGUCAGUCUCUUGGAUGGCAUUCCCUCGAGUGUGCAAUAUACAUGGACUGUGUGGAGCAAACAGUCUGUGCAAAUACAGACCGGAGCUAGAGUCAUGUUCUUGCCUUGAAGGAUUUGAGAUGAUUGAACCAAGUGACUGGAGCAAAGGUUGCAGGCGCAAGACUAAUACCAUGCCCUUUUCAUUUAGGAAGCUUCCCGGAACGGACUUAUGGGGCUAUGACUUAAACUAUUCUAAACUGGCGCCAUGGUGGAUGUGCAGGGAUAUGUGCUUGAACAAUACCAACUGCGAAGCUUUUGGUUACCGGAAGGGAGCAGGCGAAUGUUAUCCAAAGGCCUUUCUUUUCAACGGCAGGAACUUCGCAGAUCCUUACAAUGAUAUCUAUCUGAAAACUCCAAUGGCAGUAUGGUCUUCACCAGAAUUGGCUCCUAGACCAAGACAUGUUUGCAAAGUUACUGAAAAGGAAGCAUACCCCUCAUCACAAAUGUUCGUGGGUGACAAUUCCAGUUUCAAGUUUGGAUACUUCCUAUCUUCUGCAUUGACAUUGCUUGUCAUUGAAGUGACUUUAAUCAUAGUAGGCUGUUGGAUUGUUAACAAAUGGGAGAGAAGACCAGAGACUAUGGAUGAAGGUUACAUGAUCAUUUCCAGCCUGUUCCAAAGGUUCAGCUACAAGGAGUUAGAGAGGGCAACCAAGUGUUUCCAAGAAGAGCUCGGAAGUGGCACAUCAGGAGCGGUUUACAAGGGAGUCCUUGAUGAUGGAAGGGAGGUCGCAGUGAAGAAGCUAAGUGAUAUGAUGCAAGGAGAACAAGAGUUCAGAUCUGAGCUCAGCAUCAUUGGAAGAAUAUAUCAUAUGAAUCUGGUAAGAAUUUGGGGCUUCUGUGCUGAGCAAACUCACAAGCUAUUGGUUUCCGAGUUUGUUGAAAAUGGGAAGGCUGAUGUUUACAGCUAUGGUGUAGUGCUCCUCGAGUUAGUAAAAGGGGUUCGGGUUUCCAGUUGGGUAAUUGAGGGCGAGGAGGUGGUCGAAAUGUCUAUCCGAUGCUCUGCUGAGAUUCUCAAAGAGAAAUUGGCAACCCAAGAUCCGUCGUGGCUCCUGGAGUUUGUUGACUGCAGACUGGAUGGAGAAUUCAACUACUUACAAGCAGCCACGAUGUUAAAGAUAGCGGUGUCAUGCGUGGAAGAGGAGAGGAGCAAAAGACCUAGCAUGAACCAUAUCCUUAAAACUCUGCUUUCAUUAGUGGAAUAG